AUGCGAGUCACUAGUUCGGCACCGAUCGAGAAGGGAGCGGACUUCUUCGGCUGCCUGCCGCCCGCGGCGGAGACCGCCGCCGAGGCGGCAAAGGCGCGCGGCGAGUUCUUCAUGUUUUGGAACCUGCAGCGCUCGCACGGCACCGCGGCGCUCAUGUGCGUCUCGUCGGGCGCCUUCGCCGAAGGGACGUGGCGGCACCUCUCGUACAAGCGCGUCGUCGGCUCGUCGCUGGCCGUGCUGAAAUUAGUGCGGCAGCUCUUCCGGAAGUCGGUCGUGACGGACUGGGGGCGCAACCCCUUCUGCCGCGGCUCGUACUCGUACGUCGGCGUGGACGCGUCCGGCGCCGAGUACGACGAGCUCGCGCGGCCGGUCGGCGGGCGGCUCUUCUUCGCGGGCGGGGGAUAG